GGCAAAUCGAGGAAAGAACUGAUUCCGCCAGUAGUCAAGAUGGCGACUCCCAUGUUGCAGAGUGCAGCGGAGUUGCUGGAAACCUCGGAACCCGCGCUUCGACUAAUAAUUUCUAUACUAAUAGGUUACCCCCUUGCUUUGGUAUCUCGAUAUUGUUUAUUUAAGAAAGAUGCAUUUCUUAUUCAUCUCUUCCAUACACUUACUGGCCUCUGGAUAGCAUAUUUCAAUUUUGGUUUCCAGCUCUUUCAUUCAUUCAUCUGCAUCUUGGUUCAGUUCCUCUUCUUAAGACUAAUGGGAAGAACAGUCACAGCAGUGGGAAGCAGUUUUCUUUUCCAGAUGGGGUACCUGCUCACUGGCUAUUACUACACGGCCACUGAUUACUACGACAUCAAGUGGACAAUGCCUCAUUGUGUUCUGGCACUCAAACUGAUAGGACUUUCAUUAGAUUACUAUGAUGGAGGAAAAGAUGAAGGGAAACUUAACGCAGAGCAGAAGGUGUCUGCACUGCGACACGUCCCCUCAUUUUCAGAGGUGUGUGGGUUUGCCUAUUUCUAUGGGGGAUUUUUGGUGGGACCUCAGUUUACCUUGCGCAGCUAUCAGCGGCUGGUAGCUGGAGAGCUUACUGAUUGCCCGGGACAACCCCCCAACAGCAUAGUUCCAGCAAUACGGAGGUUUUCUCUUGGCCUGGUCUGCUUAGCUAUCUACACUAUUGGAAGUCCGUACCUUACUGAUAGCUACAUGCUUUCUGAUGAUUAUGCAAACCAACCUUUUUGGUACCGUUGUCUUUACAUUCUAAUCUGGGGCAAAGUGACAUUAUAUAAAUAUGUUAGCUGCUGGUUAAUUGCGGAAGGAGUCUGCAUCCUAUCAGGCCUUGGAUAUAAUGGCCAUGACUCUGCUGGUGUGGUUUUGUGGGAUGCCUGUGCCAACAUGAAAGUGUGGCAAUAUGAGACCACACCAUUGUUCACUGGGACCAUUGCCUCAUUUAACAUCAACACUAAUGCUUGGGUAGCAAGACAGGUAUUCAAGCGCCUCAAGUUCUUGGGUAACAAAAUGUUUUCCCAAGCUGCUGCACUCUUCUUCCUUGCUAUUUGGCAUGGUUUACAUUCAGGAUACGUUCUUUGUUUUUCCAUGGAAUUUCUCAUAGUUACAGUUGAAAGACAGGUAGAAGCACUGAUUAAAGACAGUCCAACCCUGGCCACACUCACACAGAAUUUGUUUCUUAGACCCAUACUGUAUGUUGUACAGCAGUUGAUUCAUUGGCUGUUCAUGGGUUACCCAUUGGUGGCCUUUUGUCUCUUUACGUGGGAGAAAUGGUCAAAAGUAUAUUCUUCUGUAUAUUACUGCGGACACAUCUUCUUUCUUGUUUUACUUUUUGCUACGCCAUUCCUGCGCCGUGUCUUGGUGCCAAAGAAAAUUAAAGAGAACAAGUCCCAAUAAUGAGUACGUUGGGCAUUAUUUAUACCCAUCCUCAGGAGUGUACAAGGAACAGACGACUGGCAGGAUGCAAAAUCACCAACUACAUGUACAGUUUCCAACAAACAUGCUGGAUUACCUACAUUGGUUAAAAACAAUUGCCUUUUGCUGUUUUUGAAGUUUUUAUGCGAAACAAACUUUUCCACCAACUUUGAUAAAUCUUUUCAAUUUUUUUUAUUGCAAAAUACAAAAAAGUAGAAGAAAAUAACAGAUGUCAAGUUUUUUUUUUUUUUAAUUUAAUAUAUUUCACAAGAAGCCAAUUACAGGGGUUUUUACCUUUUUUCCUCUUCUCUGCUGGUCUUUUUUCAUACAAUUUUAAGUUUAAAUGUAACUUUUUUUUUAAGAAAAUUUUUAUUUAUUUUUAAAUAGAUCAAACUCAAACUGCCAAGUUUUCAAAAUACAAAUUGUUACUAGUGAGUCACUUUUGCAAAGUUUAGAGAAUGGGGGAAAAAAAAAAAACACUUUCUGACUUGUAGCCAGUAAGAACAGAACCACUGGCUUUUAGCAACCCAAGGAAUGACUGCUGUGAAAAAUGUGUUUUGCCUUAUUUACCAGAUUAAAUGUUUUGAUUUUUUUAAAAUAAUAAAUUAGCUUCAUUAA